CCUCAGGCCACGGCCGCACAGAUUGCGGCCGUUUCGGACGAGCCUCGACGCGAGGACAUUUGCGGCACCGACGAGGGAGCGGCGGCGAUAGCGGUGGUGGUGGUGGUGGAGGACGUUGUCGAGCGGGAGAAGGAGCAGAAGGAGCGAUCGCCGGUGCAGCUGCGGCAGCUUGAGCAGCCGCGGAAGCAACAGCAAGAGGAGGAGCAGCCGCAGGCAGAGCAGGAGCCGCCGCGGUAUCAGCCGCAGCGCCCGCAGGAAUCGCCUCAGCCGCAGCGUCGGAGGGAAAUUCAGCAAGAGACGCAAGUGGAGCAGCAGCAGCAGCAGCAGCAGCAGCAGCAGCAGCAGCAGCAGCAGCAGCAGCAGCAGCAGGCACAAGUACAGGACAAACAACGGGAACAGGAACAAAAACGGGAAGAGCCGCAGCGGAAAGAGCCGGGCCACCUGCAGCAGCAGGUGCGGCAAAAGGUGGAGAAGGACAGAGAGCUGCAACUACAGCGGAAGCUGCAGCAGGAACAGCAGCAAUUGCAGCGUAAACUGGAGCAGGAGGAGCAGCAGCUCCGACGCAAGUUCGAGCGAGAGGAGGGAGCGCUGCAGCAGAAACUGGAACAGGAAGAGCAGCAGUUGCAGCGAAAGCUGGAGAAGGAGGAGCUCGAGCUGCGAAAGAAACUGGCGGAGCGCAAGCAGGAGACGCGGAAGGUCGAGGGUCGGAAGAAGGACGACCAUAAGCAGCAACAGCCGCAGCGGAAGGAGAAAUCGAGCCCGCGGUUGCCAGAGGGAGGCGAGCGAACGCAAGCACGCGACCAGCGAGAGGAUGGCAAGGAGACGACGCGGCCGGUGGAGGAAGCGCGUCAGGAACCGCCCGCGGAGCAACAGCAACAGCAAAGGGAGACGCUGGCGCGGCAGGAAGACCGAAAGCCGCGACGGCCGAAGGAGGAACCGCGGCAGCGACAGCCGCCACCGCGGCCGCCGCCGCAGCAGCCGGGAGUCCUGCCGCUCGAGGGAGCGGGUGGACUCUACAUCCGGCUGGUGCUGAGGCACGAGGCCCGCGCCGCCAACCUGGUUUGGCUGUACAAAACGCACAUAUUCUAAAUUCCGAUUCGUUCCGGCUCGUAACUCGUUUCGCCGUUUCUGUAACGAACGGACCUCGCGCGUCACGUUCACGGCUCGACGACUCGCCCGUUCACCGUCUUCAUGAGCGGAGGCAGGGAAAUAGAUAGAGGUAGAUUUGUUAGUCUGGAAAGGGGGGGGGGAGGAGGAAUCCCCUCUGAAGCGCGAGAAAGAGGAUCGCGCGGAAAAAGAAGUAUCGACUCGAGAAAGAACGAGAAAAUUUUCAAAACAAGUGACACUAGUAAUUUUCUUCUAUCCAAAAGAAGAGAGAGAAAGAAGGACGAAAGAGGGGAAGACGAGGCGAGUCUCUCGAGAUCGAGAACGCGACGCGUUCGUCGUCGUGGUCGUCGAUGCGACGACACCUCGGCAGCCCGAGGUCCCACUUCGUCUUUCGGAUCGCGUUGGCGUUUCCUUCGGCGUCUUCUCGCGGACGCGCGAGUUAGGGAUGAAUGCGUGCCGGAGGAUACACCGCAGAGCCGAUCGGCUUCCUUCUCUCUUCGACUUCCUCAAGUAUACACGGGCGUCGUCGCGUCCAUCUCGAGCCGCUCGCGCGUCAACUCGUCAACUCGUAGAUGUAAUAAAUCGGGGGAUUCCGUCACUGUCUCGAUCGCGCGUCCGCAUCGUCGCAGAGCGAGAUGCGGACGGGAAGACGCGCGAGUGCGUAUUAUUGUUGAAACGUGGAAAUAUGUAUCUGUUAAACGUAAACGUGUGCAAAUGUAAAUAUGUAUCUCACGUGUUCACGGGCGGGUGAAACCGCAGCAGUCGGUCGCGUGUCUGCGCGCGACCGCUCCGAGGCGGCUGGACGAGGAAGUAGGUGUGCGUUUCAAAGAUGUCGCACGCUUUGAUACGCGCCGUAAUUAUCAUUGUUUGCGCUGUCUUUCUCUCUCCUCUCUCUCUCUCUCUCUCUCUCUCUCCCUCCCUCUCCUCUCUCUUUCUC